AGUUUUCAGACGCUCCCUGGCCGUGACAGUCUGGGAGAGAAUUAGUGACAGGAGGGGAGUUUGCAGACGCUCCCUGGCACUGACAGGCUGGGCUCGUAGCCGGUUGUAGGAGUCGGAUCCCGGGGAAAGAGGGAACGCACUCUCCGACAGUCAGCGCUCCGAUCGGCCGGCCUCUGUGCGGUGUGCUGCUCCGGGAUCGAUCGGUCUGUGUUCGGGGAUCUCCUUCCUAUGCAAGCAGAGGUGUGUGCACUGAUCUCCGUGUGAUCUCCAUCCCUGGACCCUUCAUCUCUGGACCCUCAUCUCCGCCUGCAAUGCACUGAGCACACCCGCCGCAGACAUGACGGUGGAUUUUGAAGAAUGUAUCAAGGAUUCGCCCCGGUUCCGGGCAGCAAUAGAUGAGGUGGAAACAGAUGUGGUGGAAAUUGAAGCCAAACUUGACAAGUUGGUGAAACUAUGCAGUGGAAUGUUAGAAGCCGGGAAAACCUACCUUACUACCAACAAGCACUUUGUGAGCGGCAUCCGAGAUUUGGCCCAUCAGUGCAAGAAAGAUGAGAUGAUCUCGGAAUGUUUGGACAAAUUUGGGGAUAGCCUGCAGGAAAUGGUUAACUAUCACAUGAUCCUUUUUGAUCAGGCCCAACGGUCAGUGCGACAGCAGCUUCAUAGUUUUGUAAAAGAAGAUGUGAGGAAAUUCAAGGAGUCAAAGAAGCAUUUUGACAAAGUCCGGGAAGAUCUGGACAUUGCACUAGUGAAAAACGCUCAGGCCCCUCGCCAUAAACCGCAUGAAGUGGAAGAAGCUACGGGUACCCUGACAAUUACAAGGAAGUGCUUCCGGCACCUCGCCCUAGACUAUGUACUACAAAUCAAUGUCUUACAAGCCAAAAAGAAGUUUGAAAUUCUGGAUGCUAUGUUAUCAUUCAUGCAUGCCCAGUACACCUUCUUUCAACAAGGCUACACUUUAUUAAAUGAACUGAAUCCAUACAUGAAGAAGCUGGCUUCAGAGCUGGACCAAUUAGUCAUUGACUCGGCUGUAGAGAAGCGAGAAAUGGAACAUAAGCAUGCAACAAUACAGCAACGGACCCUCCUACAGGAUUUCUCCUAUGAUGACUCCAAGGCAGAAUUUAAUGUUGAUGCCCCAAAUGGGGUGGUGAUGGAAGGUUACCUGUUCAAGAGGGCGAGCAAUGCAUUCAAAACGUGGAACCGGAGGUGGUUUUCUAUUCAAAACAGUCAACUUGUUUACCAGAAGAAACUGAAGGAUGUCCUGACGGUGGUGGUGGAGGACCUUAGACUGUGUACGGUGAAGCCCUGUGAAGAUAUAGAAAGGAGGUUUUGCUUUGAAGUCGUCUCACCCACAAAGAGUUGCAUGCUUCAGGCUGAUUCCGAGAAGCUCAGACAGGCCUGGAUCCAAGCAGUACAGGCUAGUAUCGCCUCAGCCUACCGGGAAACGCCAGAUAACUACUACAUAGAGAGGCUUGACAGGACGGCAUCCCCAUCCACAAGCAGCAUUGACUCUGCCAGUGACUUACGGGAACGCAGCAUUAAGGGGGAAAGCAUACUUCAGCGGGUGCAGAGUAUCGCUGGAAAUUACCAGUGCUGUGACUGUGGCCAGACAGAUCCCCGGUGGGCCAGUAUCAAUUUGGGCAUAACACUUUGCAUUGAGUGCUCAGGAAUACACAGGAGUCUUGGUGUGCAUUGUUCUAAAGUACGCUCGCUCACGUUGGAUUCUUGGGAACCAGAGUUAUUAAAGCUGAUGUGUGAACUGGGAAACGGCAUCAUAAACCAGAUCUAUGAGGCGAAAUGUGAACAACUAGGUCUGAAAAAACCAACUGCUGGAUGUUCUCGACAAGCCAAAGAAAUCUGGAUAAAAGCAAAGUAUGUGGAGAAGAAGUUCCUGAAGAGACUGGGUAGUGUAGAGGUAGAAAAUGACAGGAAGUCUUCCCAGAGGUGGAGUGUAAAGAAGUGUCAGCGGAAUAACAGCUCCAUUAAAGCACCCACAGCGAGGAGGAAGUACAGACAUGACGGAGGAAACACGUCGCCUGCAAUGCUGUCCUCAGCUGCAAAGAUUGAGCGGAAGUUCCGUCGGGAUUCCUUGUUCUGUCCAGAUGAGUUGGAUUCCCUCUUCUCUUACUUUGACACGGGUGCCGGGCCACGUAGUGCCAACCAGCUUCCAGCGCAGCACCCCCUGCCAGCUGCACCGUGGACUGGCAGUGGCGCUGAGCCCGGUGGGAGCGCUAUGCCGUUCCUCCCGGAUGGAGGUCUGAGCAGUGACAGUGGCCUUGGAGGAAGCACAGAUGGAAGCAAUGACGUCUUAGUCUUUGGCUCGGUGGUGGACAGUGUCACAGAGGAAGAGUGUGAGAUCUCAGAAGAGUCUAGCGGAGAAGGAGAGACUGAACAAGACCCGUCGGAUCCAGAAGACCUGAGGGAAUUGCACCCUGGCUUGCUGAUGUACAAGGCAUCCCGGGCCAGGAACCUGCCUGUCAUGGCUGAAGCAUUUGCCAAUGGGGCUAAUGUCAACUGGGUGAAUGAUGAGGACGAGAGCAAGACCCCUUUAAUCCAGGCUGUGAUGGGAGGAUCAUUGAUAGCCUGCGAGUUUCUGCUACAGAAUGCUGCAGAUGUGAACCAAACAGAUGUUAGAGGGCGAGCACCUAUACAUCACGCCACCUAUCUGGGGCAUACUGGUCAGGUGUGUUUGUUCUUAAAACGAGGAGCCAAUCAACAUGCUGUGGAUGAAGACGGACAAGAUCCACUCAGUAUAUCUGUGCAGGCAGCUAAUGCGGAUAUUGUCACUUUGCUGCGACUUGCUCGGAUGAACGAGGAGAUGAGAGAAGCAGAAGGACCAUUCGGACAACCAGGUCAAUAUCCCAGCAACAGUCCUACAGAGCAGCAGUACAGGAAGUGCAUCCAGGAAUUCAUCUGCCUUAAUAUAGAUGAGUGUUAGACAAAGCCCCACAAGGGGGCAGAGUUGAUCCCUACUUUUGAACUUUUUUCACCACUAGCUGCUCUUGGCAUCCUUUUUUUUUUAAUGAAAAACCUGCAUGGGGAAAAUCUUCUGGCACCAAGGGUGGGGAAAAAUAAACUUGUGGACCAGGGGCACAAUAAAACCAACAUUUUUGGAAGGGUUUGGACCAAAACUAUUUUUCUUUUUCUUUUUGCCCUCAUCACUGCCGAGAGCAAAAUGCAAGAUGGUGAUGUGUAAUUUAUGCACUUUUACAAACUGUGAUUCUUUUAGGGUUUAAUGUGUUGAGAUCAGAGCAGAGCAGACACUGAGAUGACUACGAGUCAGCAGGUUAAGCCUUGGCUCUUCUGCCUCUAUAGUGCCUGACUGUAUAUUUAUUUAGUGGUAAAUCUGAAGUGACCCAGCUGAGCCAGUGAAAGGUACUCAUACAUAUAGGGACUUAUAUCUGAUUCCUAGCUUAACUUAGGGUUCUUGUCUUAAUCAAAUAAAGGUUUGGUCUACCCGAAAUAGAUAUUGUAGUCAGCAGUUUUGGUCAAUUGCUGGCUUCGAGGGAGGAUAUUUCCAUUUUGAGUUUUUAAAUCCACCUACCUGAUGCAGCUAUUCUGGGGAUGGGUGAAUUCUGACCAAACUUGCUGCUGGAGUUGAUGUGAGAUAUGCACACUAUAUGAUCAAAAGUUUGUGAGCACUUAACCAUCAUGCCUAUAAGAGAUUGUUGGGCAUCCCAUUCCAAAACCAUGUCUUUAAUAUCGAAUUGCUCCCGAUUUUUGCAGGUAUAACAGCCUCCACUGUUCUGGAAAGAUUUUUCCACAAGAUUGUGGAGUGCAUUUGUGAGAAUUUGUGCCCAUUUAGCCAAAAGAGCAUUUGUGAUGUCGGGGACUGAUGUUGGAUUACAAGACAUUUCACAAAAGUUUCACCAUACUAAACACAUCACAUCAUUACCAUGUCUUUAUGGAACUGCCUUUGUACAUGGGUACAGUCAUGCCGGAACAGAAAAGGGCCUUCACCAAACUGUUGGCAAAAAGUUGAAAAUGCACAGUUUUUUUUAAUGUCUUUUAAUGAUAUAUCAUGAACAGUACCCUUCUCUGGAAACACCUGAAAUCGGGAAACACCUGAAAUCGGGAAAAAAGUUUUACACAAACUUUUGGCCAAAUAGUGUAAGCAGCAGUAAGUGAUACAACCUGCCAGUGCUUACCUAUGACUGAACAAUCAAUUUUAGACAUUCUGCCCCUUUGAGGGGGUUUGUCCUGCUGUAGAAAGUUUGGAUGAAAUGUUUACCAGCUGAUGUGUAGAGCUCAUCAUUGUAGAGUGAUGGGGUGUCUGUUGCUUUGCUGUAAUGCUAUAUGGAUGGGGUUGGGCUAUCUGUAGAAACCCAUAGAUUCAGCACUUUUGGUAUUUUCUGUUUUUCCUGGUUUUUAUUUGUAGCGUACAUACACAAGCAUACUUUGGGAUUGUGUCGAAGGUAGUAAUGUUUCGUCAGAUGACAACGUUCUUGAAAUCAUUCAGAAUUCAUUGAUAGGUGCGGUUGACCUCCUUCUGACCUGCAUUUCAACCGCUUUAAUCAGGUUUGCAUUCCCAUAGACUUGUGCAGUGAUUCAAAUCCCGCCCGAUGUGAAAAAAAGCCUGUCAACACAGUGAGGCAAAGAGCAAGCAAAGUGAAAUUGGGUUGUGGGGACCUACCAGCUUUGCAUACUAUUAUUGGUUUCUGUAAAGCUUUGUUGAAUAACCCUACUGCCCUUUCAGCUUAUGUAAAAUAAUGAAUGUGGCGCUGACUCAGUAGGUACAAAAAUGCGUAGUGCAAAAACAUCAAAUAACAAAAUCAACAAAUACAUAAAUAGUCCAAAAUGUCAUUAAAGUAUAGAAAAGUGCACCUGCAUAAUUGAAUAAGGAUCCACAAUCUUUAAUAUCAUCUAGACAUAUGGAAGUAAAAUGUGCAGGAAAGUUCAUCCAGUCCUAAAUGUGUAAUCACACUCUCUUCCACAUCCGUGAUCCACCAUAGGUGUGCCCUAGCCUCUCACCUCGGAUAAAGACCCCAAUGGGUCUAAUGACGCUUCUGGUAAAUAAUACAAGGAUCCUUUCCAAUCACGCAGUCUUCCCCUUGGAGUAUAAGGGAUGGCAGGAUUAAGCAGCAGUGUUGGUGGAUAAGAAAACAGCGUCCUCCCUCUAAUAUUAAAUAUGUCCUCUUUUAACUCCUCCACUCUCCUCCAUAUAAAACUCAUAGAAGAAAAAUGAGAUCUCCAUAGUGUAGUCAUUCUGUAAAAAAAUAUUUAUUUCAAAGCAGCAACUUGCAUUUAAAAUCAGAGUAUUCAGCAAAGAUAAACACAGGGACUUACGAUCUCGGCCGCGACCAGAAGUAGAACGUCACUCGGCUUCCUCCCGACGCGUUGCGUCGCAGAUCAUGUGACUUACUCAAAGCUUAUGUGGUUCUCUCAAAGAUCUCUUGUUACAUACCGGAUUGUUUAUAGUAAAGCACUGCAAAAUAAAGAAAAAUAAUAAUGAUCUUGUGAAUAGUGCAGUAUCCCAAUACAGCCAAUCGGAUUUCAGGAUAAUGUAGUCUUAUUAAUGAAAAGAUGAUUUCUGAUUGUUUGCUGUGGAUUGUUACACUUGAACAUCAUUUUGUUUGUACUGCCUUGCUGAAUUAGUCAGUUUAACGUCUUCACUGCCUUUGGAUAUCUAAGAA